CGCGACUUCAGUAUGCCUGAUACUGCGACCGUGAAUAGUCAUAGAGGCAGAAGGUUGCCUUCGCAGGGGAAGAGCCCCUUGCUAACCUGGUGGUCUCAAACUCCUUGCCCUUUGGAUCGAAUCGAUAUCUCAACCCCAGCGCCAUGGCGCUGCACUUGUUGCGCCGCGUCACUCAUGCUGGUAUGGAUGAGCUCGCGAACUGGACAGCCAAAACCUACAAGUUCACCUUGCACAACAACACGGGCUCAGCAGUGCGUGCUCUCCUGGAGGAAGAUCCCGACGGCAUGGCUGAACUGGAAGAGUGGAAGAUUGGAGAUGGCAUUCCGACCAUCGGAAAGGCUGGCGAACGGCACAAGCAGAAAAUUAGUUUGCUGAAGAAGUCCAUCAGUUCUUCGAAGCCUUAUCAGGAGUUCACCAUUAUUCGUGACCAGACCAAGACGGUGAACAUGAGAUCUCCUGUGAUCAAAUGCAGCCUGGCGCUUCUUGAAUGGAACGGAGCUAUGAAGAUUGUGGAAAUCCAGCGGCGUAUGACAGAAGGCAACACCUUGACAAUACACCCUGGCUACGAUCGAAUGGCAGGCCUAGCCACCUUGCGUAGCGAUGCUCUGGAGCAUGCCUUGCAAGCGUUGGGCGUGAAGUUGGGCUUUGACUCUGAGGAAGUGGAAGUGAAGAAGGACUCCAAAGAGUCCCGAGCUGACCUCCCGCCUUGGCUUCAAGAGCCGCCCCCGCUGCCGGCGCCCAAGAUGGCGCCCACCGUGCCGACCGCGCCGCAGACAGCACGAACGUCCAUGCGGCCGCGGCCCACGAGCGCCGUGGGGAGAGCAACGCCGAAGACGGUUUCUUGGCCUGCAGAGCCAGUAGAAGGAAGUGCAGGCGCUCGUCCCACGCAGCGAGGGCGUGAAGGUGAAAGGCCUGGAGCUCCGAUAGCUCAGGCGCCGCAUGGCUUUGGCGUUGCUGGAGGCGCUUGUCCCAUGCAGCGAGGGCAUGAAGGUGAAAGACCUGGAGCUCCGAUAGGUCAGGCACAGCAUGGCUUCGGCGUUGCUGGAGGCGCUUGUCCCAUGCAGCGAGGGCAUGAAGGUGAAAGGCCUGGAGCUCCGAUAGCUCAGGCGCAGCAUGGCUUCGGCGUUGCUGGAGGCGCUUGUCCCAUGCUGCGAGGGCAUGAAGAUGAAAGACCUGGAUCUCCGGCAGCUCAGGCGCCACAUGGUUUUCUUCCGAUGACUGGACAGAUAUGGCUUUGGCAUGAAGAACAGCAAUGGGUCUCUGCCAACUUAGUGGCUUGCCUUGGACCUGGGAAAGAGGGUGGCUCGCGGAGCAGUUUUAACUGUAUUUUUCUACAUCAUGCCAUGCAAUGCAAGGUAGCUUAAAUUAUGAUUUUUUUGAGGACACUGAGCAAGUCAGUCC